AUGGCUUUAAAGUUGGAUGAAAGCGGUGGAGAGACUUUGACGAGCCUUUUAGUGUCCUUUGGUACAAUCUUACUUGUCUUCCACGUGUGUCGCUGGUUCCUGCAGCGCUCGGUUGCGCGCUUACCGGGCCCGAUCCCCUGGCCCAUCAUCGGCAACGCUGCGCAACUCGGCAAGGCGCCGCACCUGUAUUUCAUGCGCAUGGUGGCGAAAUACGGCGAGGUUUUCCAGAUCCGACUAGGCUGCAGGGACGUGGUAGUGCUGAACGGAGCGUCAAUCAGGGAGGCUUUGAUCAAACAGGGCUCGGCGUUUGCAGGGAGACCCGAUUUCAACUCUUUCCAGUACGUCUCCAACGGGGAGGGUUUCGCCUUCGUCACCACGACGGACUGGUGGAAAGUGCAUCGCAGGGUGGCCCAUUCCACCGUCAGGAUGUUCUCCACGGGGAACCAGCAAACUAAAAGGACAUUUGAGCAGCACAUCCUCAACGAGUUUAAUGAGCUUCUGGGGGUUUUCCUGGCCAAGACCGAGCAGCAGAAGUUCUUCGUGCCCUUGUAUUACCUGGUAGUGUCCACGGCCAACAUCAUGAGUGCGGUGUGCUUCGGCAAGAGGUACUCGUACGAGGACGAGGAGUUCCGUAAGAUGGUAGGCAGAAACGCGCAGUUCACGGAGACUGUGGGCGCGGGGAGCAUCGUAGACGUCAUGCCCUGGCUCCAAUAUUUCCCCAACCCCGUGAAAACUUUGUAUAACAAUUUCAAGUCGCUCAACAAGGAGUUUUAUCUCUUCACUCUCCAGAAGGUGAUGGCACACAGAAAAACAUUUGACUCGAGCACCAUCAGGGACAUGACUGAUGCCAUGAUUGCAGCAUUUAAUGAUAAAACUGCAGGCUACUCGUCAUCGAAGGAUUAUGUGACCGCCACUGUUGCAGAUAUAUUUGGAGCAAGUCAAGACACGUUGUCGACAAUGCUGCAAUGGAUCAUUCUCAUCCUCGUCAAGUACCCGGAGAUUCAAGUGCGUCUCCAAGAUGAAGUGGACAAAGUGGUGGAUCGCAGCCGCCUCCCCUCCAUCGAGGAUCAGCCUGAGCUGCCUUAUGUCAUGGCCUUCAUUUACGAGGUCAUGCGCUUCACCAGCUUCGUGCCCCUCACCAUCCCUCACUACACCACCACCGACUCAUCCAUCAACGGCUACACAAUUCCAAAGAACACGGUCGUUUUUGUAAACCAGUGGUCCUCCAAUCACGAUCCCUCCAUCUGGUCACAGCCGGAGAAAUUUGAUCCCCAACGUUUCCUUCACCUCAGUGGUCAUCUGAACAAGGACCUUUGCAGCUCUGUGCUCAUCUUCUCUCUAGGGAAACGGCGCUGUAUUGGAGAGGAACUGUCCAAGUUGCAUAUCUUCCUCUUCACAGCUCUUCUGGUACACCAGUGCCACAUAACAUCAGACCCAGCCAAGCCACCUGACCUCGGCUAUACCUACGGUCUGACUCUAAAACCAAACAGUUACUCAAUAGCCGUGUCACUGCGGGAUAACCGAGGCCCAACCUCUAGUCUUUCAGAAUGA